UAUCGAUCGCGAUAACAGUCAGCUGUUGCGAUCCAUCACUAAUGUAGCAACAAGUAUCGCAGCUGUUGCCGUUGUGGAGGGAGAAUUGAUCUUUAUUUCAACUUUUGUGCUUCCCCGCAAUUAAAGAGAUGGCCGGAUCGAACCUUUUAAAUCAAAUAGACAGCAUCGAUACCAGCGAUCUUCUGUUUGUGGAAAGAGAUCUCAACUUUGCCCAAAAGAUCAGUCUUUGUUUCCUUCUAUACGGUGAUGAGCACUCGAGCGCCACGUACAUUCUACAAAAGCUGUUGGCUUUGGCUCCAGUAGCUUGGCAGCCAACUGAUCUAGUCCUGCAAUAUGCAAAAUCCCGCCCAGAUACCUGGCGGAGACAUCUCGUGGAGGGGCUGUGCAUUAUCGGUGCCCGGCAGGUACUCCGCCGUUUGGGCCUCCGCUGGUCGGAGCUCCGUCUGCACUAUCUGCCCCACAUCGGUGGACUGACCCUGCACAUACACCCGCUACUGAAGAGUCUCUACACGAUUUGCGAACAAAUGACGCUGGUGCAGAGCGGACGACUAGUCCUGGACGUGGGCGAGAAGGUGGCGCGCCAGCAGAAGGGCUCUGGCGAUCCAAUGCACUUCAAUGAUCCCGCUUACCUGGAAAUAUAUAUGCUGGACUGGCUGACGAGGAAAUCGAUCAAGUUGGGCGACAUCAAUACCAACGGAAGCGAUGUCCAGCUGCUGAUCGAGCACCUCAAGUUCAAUGAUCUGCAGGAGCAGGCCAAACUCCUGAUAGACACGAUCAACAGCAAUGCCAGGGAUGAGCCUGCACCCCCUCGGACCGCCAGUCCACCACCGAUAACCGUAAAGCGGGAAACCCUGACCGACAGCCACAGAGAUUACGCAUCCACAUAUACUUCAGUGCCACGAAACGGUGUUCAGCUGAGCCGGGAUAGCGCCGGCAUCUGUCUGAUCAUCAACCAGAGGGAAUUCCACCGAAAUGUUGACGAUAAUCUUAAGAAAUACCUAUCUCCCAAACCACUGGCGCCACGACUGGGCACGGAUGUGGACGAGCAGUCUCUGAACAAGGUCUUCUCCGCAAUGGGCUACAAGGUGGAGUCGCACCACAACAUCGAUCACAUGGAAAUGGUACAUCUAAUGCGCAAUGCUACAAGGAGAUCCCUGCUCAACGAUUCGAUAGUGGUGUGUAUCUUAAGUCACGGCUUCGAGGGAGCUGUCUAUGGAGCGAAUAGCAUUGCCCUGAGCAUUCCAGAAAUCGAGAAUGUCCUGUGCAGCGAGGCGAACGUGUACGACAAGCACAAGCUGCUGAUAAUCCAGGCGUGCCAGGACAAUAAUCGAAGACAGCAAGGAUUGCCGUUCAAGUUAGAUGCCACCACCAGUGAACCGGGCCAGCGGAAGCAUAUGGUGCGAGUGAUGCCUGUAUCAGGAUUUCCAGCUCUGCGGCAUACCCAUACGGGCAGCUGGUUCAUCCAGUGCCUGUGCGAGGCUCUCGUUCAACAUUCCGACAGCAAGCACUUUGUAGACAUUCUGACAAUCGUCACCGAUGAAGUGGACAAAAAACGUGGCGAUAACAACGAAAAGAUGCUCCUUAGCACCAACAUAUGCUUGGUGCAGAACUUUUACUUGCCGCCAAGGAUUCAGACGACGGGGGAUUAGUGCAAUUCACCUAAAUCUAAACUCUAAACUCGUUUUUGGUUUAUGAUCUUGGGACCGACCAUUUGUCGUAACAGUUUUAUUUUGUUUUGAUUACAUCGCUAUAGAUAUUUUAAUUAUCUACGAGCUAUCUAACAGCUUAUGAUAUACAAUUAAAAUUAAUUAAUAGAAGUAUGGUG